AGGAAAAGAGGGAGAAAGAGAAGGAAGGAGGGAGAGGUCUGAAAUAAGGCAAGAAGACCCCCCCCAAAUAAGAAGUGGGGGAGAAAGAAGAACGACUGAGGAGGACGGCAGAGAAAAAGCUGAAAGAGGGAUUGUAGAGAAGGGGAAGGUGGAAGGAGAAGAGGAAGAGUGAGAAAGGGGGGACAUAAGGGAAAAAAAGGGGGGGAAACAGGUGGAGAAAAUAAAAGCGAGAAGAGCAGAGGGAAGGAAAGCAGAAGGUAAGCCGGGGAAAGAAGCGGGGGGCAGCGCGGAAGAAGCUAGUCCACGGGGAGGCAGGGAGAGGCGGUGGGAAAGAAAGAAAGAAAAGAUAGCGACAAAGAAGUAAAGUUAAGGGCGCCUCGCGGACAGCGGCAGCGUCUCCUUCCCGCCACCCUCCGGAUCCAGCGCCAGCGCCCCCCAGCCGAGAAGCGGGCAGUCCCGCCACUCCGGCGCCUUGGGGGGGGGGGGGGAACGAAGCGGCGGAGUGGUGGGGGAUCUCUUCCAGCCGCUUUCUCCGCUCCCCCCGGCGCGCAAACUCUCACGGCCGGAGCCCCUUCGCUUCCCCGGACACCACCCGAGCAUCUUCCGCAUUAAUUGAGGAUGUGGACCGGACCUGGCAGGGGGCUCUGCUUCCUGGGAGCACCAGGGCUGCUGCUGUUGCUGCUGCUGAGAGCAACUUGUAUGGCUGUGCAAUUUGUUCCUGCAAAAACCUACGAGGACUGGUGGGCAUACAAGGAAACACUUCAUGGAAGCUUUGUGCCAGGUCCUCCGUUCUGGGGUCUUGUGAAUUCAGCAUGGAGCCUCUGUGCCAUUGGCAAACGCCAGUCUCCUGUGGAUGUCAACACAAGUCAAAUGAUUUUUGAUCCCUUCCUCCCUCCUCUCCGACUGAGCAUUGGUGGAAAGAAGAUUAGUGGAACCAUGUACAACACAGGCCGGCAUGUCUCUUUUCGUCCAGAUCCGGUACAACUGGUUAAUGUUUCAGGAGGACCUCUGCCGUAUAGUCACCGGCUCCAAGAAAUAAGACUGCAUUUUGGCAGUGAAGAUGGAUUUGGCUCAGAACACUGGAUAGAUGGUGACAGCUUUUCUGCUGAGGUGCAGUUGAUCCACUACAACCAAGAACUCUACCCCAAUAUUUCAGAGGCUUCACGCAAUCCCAAUGGUUUAGCUGUCAUUUCUAUCUUUGCCAAUAUUGGACCAAAUCCUAACUCUUUCCUGACCAGGCUGCUAAACCGAGAAACAAUUACCCGGAUCUCCUAUAAAAAUGACGCUUAUCUUCUACACGACCUGAGCCUUGAAGACCUUUAUCCAGAGACAUUUGGUUUUAUCACUUACCAAGGAUCCAUGUCAACCCCGCCAUGCUAUGAAACCGCUACCUGGAUUCUCAUUGACCGUCCCAUCAAUAUUACCUCCGUUCAGAUUCACUCCCUUCGUCUUCUCAGUCAGAACCUCCCUUCUCAAAUUUUCCGGAGCAUGAGUGACAACUCGAGACCUCUCCAGCCCCUUUUACACCGAAGCCUUCGGGGCAACCGAGACCCACGGCGCCCCACUAAACGUUGCAAAGGAGCCUCCUACAGGCUACAUGUGGAUGGAACACAGCCUCCCAAACCAGGCAUGUAGUUUCGCUGCAAGCUCCUGAACGUCCCCGAGUGUGUCCGUCGUUCAAAGUUCAGUGUCCGACUGAGGAAGCUACAACCCCCCAUCUCUGAAUGAUUGCCACAGCUUCCAUUGUGGGAAAGGCACCAUGUGGGGUACCCGGGAACCAGGCUGGAAUACUUGCCUCGGGAUGUUUGGAAAAACUCUGAUUACAAUAGGGUUGGGUUGCCAAAAGUUUAAACAAUGAAAUGAGGGCUAUUAAUUUGCAGUAUACAGCAGGUCUUCCCCCAACAUUAUAGCCUAAUAUUUAAAGAAGGCGGGAACAUCCAGAAGUGUGAGGACUAGAAUCUUUGCAUUGCCUCCUUGCUAAACCAAUGCUGUCUAUUCUGGAGAUCAAAUGUAUUCAAAAUCUCUGCCAGUCAUAAAUGUCAGGUGGAGGCAAUGCACCCCAAAUUAUACACAGAGCUAACAGGUUGUAUUCCCAAUACUGAAUGCACCUUAGAAUUGCAGACGAAUAUCCUUAUACUAAUGGGACCCCAAUAUGUUUGGGGACCCCAAUAUUCUGAGACCUGCAGGAGCCCUGGGAGUCAAAAUUAUAGCGGGAUUGUUUUCUCUGAUACGUAAAAUGCCUUGAAUCUCAGGAAGUUUAAGAGGGGGGAAUUGAUUAUAUGGUAUAACCCCACAAACGGCAAGCUUCAGUUGUUCUUUUUAAGAGUUAACUUGAAACUUUAAUCUGGGUAAAACUUGAGAGAAUCUGGGGUGGAAAACAAAACAAAUGUGAUAUCCCUCUCCACUCUAUCCUGGGGUGUGUGUGUGAGAGAGAACUGAUAAAAUAUGGGAUUAUCAUUUCAUUCUGAAUGGCCUUCAACAGCCCUAACUGUAAAACAGCAAAGGGAAUAUUUUUAUUGCCAAACAAACCCACCUUUUGAAUAUUGAUGAAUAUUAUUAACUUAAGAAAAACAGUGGUUUUCCAAACAA